UUGGUUUGAAAACAUUUUUUGUUCGCUUAGGCUUUCUCGUAGCUGUUUGCUUAUAGCUCCUUUUUUUUCCCCUCGAGAAGAUGGCCUUUCUAAUGAAAAGUAUGUUGAGCAACCAGGUAAAGAAUUUGGGACUUGGAGGUGGAGGGGAAGAAAGCAAAGAAGAAAGCACUCCUUCUGAUCCAGCAGCAGCUGCAGGAAUGACCAGAGAGGAGUAUGAGGAAUAUCAAAAGCAAAUGGUUGAGGAGAAGAUGGAAAGAGAUGCGGCGUUUGCACACAAAAAGGCAGAGCGAGCCUGUCUGAGGGUUCAUCUGAGAGAGAAGUACAGACUCCCAAAGAGUGAGCUGGAUGAGAAUCAAAUACAGAUGGCUGGAGAUGAUGUGGGUUUGCCAGAAGACCUUCAGAAGAUGGUGGCAGAAGAUCAAGUGGAGGAAGAGGACAAGGACUCUAUCCUGGGACAGCUGCAAAACCUCCAGAAUAUGGACAUGGAUGCAAUCAAAGAAAAGGCACAAGCCACCUUCACCGAAAUGAAACAGGCAGCCGAGCAGAAAUGUUCUGUGAUGUAGAAGAGCUCUGCCCGGGGGUUGUGAAAUCAGCCUCGUCCCACAGUGCUGCAGAGUGAGGGCA